AUGUCCACCUCACAAGACGGUAAAGUAACCCUCUACGACCUACCCACCAAGAAACCCGAAUACGGCUGCUGGUCCCCCAACGUCUGGAAGACCCGCAUGGUCCUCAACUACAAGAAGAUACCCUACACCACGACGUUCAUCACGCACGACGAAAUUUCACCCACACUGUCUGCCCUCGGCAUCCCAGCCAAUCCUCCAAAACCCGCGGGCGCGCCAGGCCCUCCGGUCUCGCCGUACACGGUCCCGGCAAUUCAAUUACCAGAUGGCACGGCGGUGAUGGAUUCAGCGGCGAUUGUGGUAAAAUUGGAAGAGCUGUACCCGGAGCCAGGCUUGCGGCUGGAGAAUAACUUGCAUAAUGAGAUUAACAAAGUUCUCGGGCAGCUGAUGAUGCCUAUCAUGGCGGUUUGUUAUCCUUUGAUUCAGAGGAAUAUGCUCGUGCCGGAGACGGUGCCGGGGUGGACGGUGAAGAAGGAGGCUGGAUUUGGUAUGUCGAUUGAGGAGCUCGAGAGGACCAAGGGUGGGGAGACGGCGUGGUCGGCUGCGAAGCCUGGGUUUGAGAGCUUGAAUCGGUUUCUGGAGGAGCAUAAGGAGGAUGAAGGGCCUUUUGUCUGUGGGAGUCGGGUUAGUUAUGUUGAUUUUGUGGUUGCGAGUAUGGCCGAGAGUUUCAAGAGGAUAGAUGUGGGAUUGUAUGAGAGGUUUUGUGAGAAUGCACCGGGGUUGAGGGUGGUGCAUGAGGCUUGUGCGGAGUGGUUGAAUGAAGAUACGUGA